AACAGACACAGGAAAGAAUUUAUCCUUAUAUUCAGGAUAUACUCAUCACUGAAGUUGAUAUUUACUGUUAUUUCAUACAAGUUCAAGGAAAGUUCAGUAUAUAAACAAGUGAACUGAUUACAAGGAUUUUUAAAGAGACUUAUUCUUUUAUUUGAAUAAUAAUCUAAUUGUGCUGUGAUGCCCUCACAAGGGAAAUUCCGAAGUAGUGGUAAAGGGUCAAAAAGGUCGUCUGUAAAGAAGAUAGUAACCGAUCCAAAAGAAAGACAACGAUUGGUUGAAAAUAUCGUCAAGCCAUUUAUACUUGAUGAUGCAGUGUAUAAAAGGGUCUGUGAUGUUAUGCUGGAUAAUUUCAAUAGGGGUUUGGGGAAAGAGACAAAUGCUGAAGCCCGGGUAAAGAUGUUCCCAACCUAUGUUCGUUCAGUACCAGAUGGAACAGAGGAAGGUGAUUUUUUGGCUUUAGAUUUAGGUGGUACAAAUUUUAGAGUUUUGCUAAUUUCACUAAAAGGCCAAGAAGUCAAUAUGGAAAGUAAAAUAUUUCUCAUACCACAGCAUAUAAUGUUAGGAACUGGAAUGCAGCUAUUUGACCAUAUAGCAGAUUGUAUAUAUAAAUUUAUGAAAGAACAAAAACUAGAAAAAAAGACACUGCCUCUUGGUUUCACAUUUUCUUUUCCCUGUAAACAACUUGGUCUAGCCAAAGCCCAUCUGACAACUUGGACAAAAGGUUUUAAAUGUGAAGGGGUUGAGGGAAAUGAUAUUGUUCAGUUAUUACACGAGGCUAUAAAACGAAGGGGGGAUAUGGAAGUGGAAUGUUUAGCUGUGAUAAAUGAUACUGUAGGAGCACUAAUGUCUUGUGCUCAUAGUGAUAGACAGUGUGCUAUAGGACUUAUUUUAGGUACAGGAACAAAUGCUUGUUAUAUAGAAAAAUUAGAAAAUGUAGGAUUAUGGGAUUCCGAUUACAAUGACCCUAAAGAGGUUAUAAUUAAUACAGAAUGGGGUGCAAUGGGUGACGAUGGAGGUUUAGAUUUUGUUAUCACUGAAUAUGACAAACAUGUAGACAAGCAUUCCAUAAAUGCUGGUAAACAAAUAUAUGAGAAAAUGAUUUCUGGAAUGUAUAUGGGUGAAAUUGUCCGACUUGUUUUGGAAAAACUACGAAGGAAUGGGUUACUUUUUGGUGGCGAAGGAUCAGCUGAGUUAUCACAGAGGGGAAGAUUUUAUACAAAAUAUGUUUCUGAAAUAGAAAGUGAUGUAGAUGAAAGUGAUUUUAAGAGUACAAAACAAGUAUUUGAUGAAUUAAAUCUAACUAAUUUUACAGAUGAAGAUUGUAGAAUAGCUCUAUAUGUCUGCUCUUUAGUCUCCACACGAGCUGCUUAUCUUGCCUCAGCAGGUAUUGCUACAUUAUUAAAUAAAAUGGAACGUAAAGAUGUGAGUGUAGCUGUUGAUGGAUCUUUAUAUAGGUUUCAUCCACAUUUUCAUGAUUUAAUGGUGGAAAAAAUUGAAAAACUUGUAACCCCUGGUAUCAGAUUUAAACUCAUGCUGUCUCAUGACGGUAGUGGCAAAGGUGCUGCAUUGGUUGCUGCUGUGGCCAAUCGUUUACGGGAUGAAGAAGCUAUGAAGGAAAAGGAUUCUAAACCUAAUGAAGAUUAACAUUGGUUUCUAAAUUAGGAUAAUGUCAAAUCUUAAAUAGAAGGAAUCUCACAUAUUUACAGUACAGAUAUAAAGUGUUGGUUGUGUAGAUAAACUUUCAUGGUAAUACUUGAUUAAUAACUUCAUGUUAAUCAUUUGACAACUACACAAAUUCUUCACCACUUUGCUGUUAAUAGAUCAUUGUGUGCUUCUUCACAAAGCUAUUUGGUAUAAAUUACCGAUUUAUACAAAGGCAGUUUUUCUUGGUUAGCAGAAAGAACAUGAGUUACCCCCCUUCGCUCAAAAGGUUAUCAGAGCACCUUGGUCUGAAACCAAUGCAAUAUGAUUUUUAAUUUUAAACUCAACAUCAAACAUAAUUCUCUAUAGGGUAGGCAGCUUGAAGGAGUUGGACAUUUUGAAAUAAAGAUAGGCAAUUUAACUAUGUUAUUUCUCUACACAGAUCUAAUCUGUGUUUUCAUAUCUCAUAUUUCCUCUUGAGUUUUUUUUAUUAUUUUUAUCUGAAAUAAUUUCUUAGUUUUAAACAUUUAAUUGACACAAAUGGACUUUAAUCAAGUGUCAUUUUUUUAAAAUAUAGAUUAUUACUGUGGAUUUAAUUAAUUGUGCGGUGUAUUUGAUUAUAAUAUUUAUUUAUUUAUUGACUAGGAAAAUUAAACUUUUAUAACCUGCGACUGUAAAACCCAUCAAUGAAUAAAGUCAGUGAAGCCUUUGCAUGAAUUGAUGUGAUUCCAAAUCAACUUUUUAUGUUAUGUUUUAUUAAUACGAUACAGAAUCUGUUACUGUUAUUUUCUUUAGAGAUAAUGACCAUAGCAGGCUUUGGCUCUACAAAUCAGAUUUAGAAAUCUUAAUUCAACAUGGCAAACUGUGUACAAAAAUCUUCAUAAAGUUGUCAAAAAUGAAAAAUUCAUUUGUAUAGAAAUAUUAAUAGUGCAGGUGUGGUUUUUUCCCCUGAUAUCUAUAUGCCUGUCGAAAACAAGAUACUGAAGUUUUCAUUAUUUGAAAAUAAAAAUUUUUAAGAUAUACAGCAUUACAGUCACAGCGACAAAUUUAUAUUUUGCUUGCAUGAAUAUAAUAAAUCCUAAUUUAUGUUGUUUAUAGCAUAUCUAAGAAAUCUUUCAGUUUAUGAUCACACUUCAAAUUUAGUAGUACCGGCACAAUAUUAUAUAUAUUUAUAAGAUGAGAUCUGAACAAAAGCUACAAACAAAUAGGCAAAAAUUUGUUCCAUUAAGGGACUUACAACGAAGCUGUAAUUGUUACUCAAGUGUUAUGUAGGAAUAAUAAAUCAACAGAUUGGUACAGUGAUACAGAAAUAAAACAUCAUUAAAUAACAAUACUAAACCAAAUCAUAACAUAUACUAGAUGUUAUAUUAUUUAAUUAAUAUUUAUUACAUGAACAAUAGGAAAAUACUGGUAAAGUAUCACAUUUUACUUAAUGCAAUAGUGGAUUAUUUUAUUUGUAUAUUAGACUUUAAAAACAUGUAAAUAGAAAUCCUCUCAUGUAUUUUAUUGUUUUUAUUUGGAAUUUUAUUUUUGGUUAUAUAUUAUCAGUUUUAUAGUGAUUGGGAAAGUGUUGCUCGUCUGCAUAUACUGAUGUCAUCAUGCAUUUUCCAUUGCAAUCUCUUGUCAUAACUUACUAUUUUACAUAUUUUUAAGUUGUUAUAUUAUGGCAUUUUCUUUCCAUAAUAUGAAAUUAUUAGUAUUAUCUGAACUACUGAAUAUUUUACAACACUCUAAAUAAAAUUACAUAUAAAUUUACAGUUUCUAUUUCUUAAAUAAUUGUUUAAGGCACAAUGUGAUAUUUGUACAGGUUUUUAUGUAGUUAAAGUUAUUAAGUUUAUAUUUAUUUAAUUACAAAACUUACAGGUAUGAACAAAGACUAAGAAAGAAAUAUUAAAAUAGUCAUUCUUCUUAGCUUUAAACAAAUCUUUUGACAUCAGAUGUGUAAAAAACAUGUCUAAACUUACAUAUAAGAACAAAGACCAAGAAAUAGAUUUUAAAAUACUAGAUUUAAACAAAUUUCUUUACAAUAAGGGGUGUAGAAAAAUGUCAAAACAAUUCUCUCCAACAAUGUAUAUCAUAAUUUAACAUGUGGGUAUAUAGUGUGUUUAUAUGCUGGUAUAAUAUUUAUUAUAAUUAGUUACAAUGAUGGAGCCAAUUUUGCAAAUGUUAAUUAUUACCAAAUAAUGGGAUAUCUUGUAAUUUACUCAUAUUUCAUCUUCAUUAUUCAUAUUGUAUAUUAUUAACAUGUAGCUUUAGAAAUCAAUGGACAUUACAGAUUUUAUUAUUAUUAACAAAAUCAAAAACAACAAAUUCUUUUAAAUUUUAGCGAAAUAAGUGUUUGUUUUCAAGAUAUUGGUCAUAUUUUAGAAUGAAGCGGGUCUCUUAUAUUUUGCCCCCUUUUAUGUUCAGUUGAUUUGAGUAAAGUUUAUUCCAUGAAGUUCAACAUUCCUUUAGACAGUACAUAAAUAUGUUAUACCACAGUAUUGGAUAUAAUUUACUCUGUAAUGUCCCUUGACAUAUUCCCUAGUUUAAUUCAAGCAAAUUCAACAAAUUGUUUGGAAAAUGUUCUGGUCUUUUAGUAAAAUAAUUAAAAGAAAAGUGGAGACAUAUUAAAAUUAUACUAAAAUUGACUUAUGUUUAAUGAUUACUCAACUGUGUUUUGUUAUGCUGUACAUUAUUAGUGUACAUGUAUAUUAAAAGACGCUGUUAUCACUUAAAAUGUAUGCAAUCAUUGUAAUAACACCAAAUACAUGUAGAUUGGUAUCAUUAGAUUAGAUGAUUGGGGCUUUAAACAUUAAUCUAAAAUAUCAAGGGUGGAUCCAGAGACCACGGAUGGGGCGGGGCACAUGGUGGCAAGGACGCGCGCUGCGAGCACCAAUUGGAGACGCACACACCGGUGUGUUCUGGUCGCCUCCCCCGGAAAAUUUAGAAGCCCAGAAAUGACAUUUCCUGUGAUCUGAGACAUGAAUCUGGUUUUAAGAAAUGAAUUAUAAUCCAGAUGGAGGAUACACCGGGUGUGCCUCCUACAAGAUCCGCUUUUGAAAGUAAUAUAUGGAGAAAUUGUUUGAAACCUUUUGACAAACUGUUAGUAUUUAUGUCUUUUCAAGAAAUAGAAAACAUGUUGAGAAGGUUAUUUUAUUUUUUUGUAUGUAGCUCUUUGAUCUCACAUAUUAUCACAAGAAUCCAAUGAAUGGUCUCGGUGAUUACGUGUUGUUAAAUUGAUCAUUAUUUUCAUAAAAUGAAGUUGUUAUGGUUAGGAUUUGUUUGAGUAUAGAAAAUUUAUCACAGGAAAUAAAAAAAACAAAGACAAUCAAUAACUUGCAAAAUGUCAAAAAAUUAUAGAAUGCUACAGGAACUUAUUCCACCUUAUAAUGGGAGUCACUUCAUAUUUUUUUGAAACAAAUAUGGAAAUCAUGAAGGGAAUAUGUAUGGGUGCACUGCUUACUAUUUUAUCAUUUAUAAAACUUUUAAAUUUGAAAAAAAAAAUUAACAUAGCUUGCUGUGUAUAUUGCCAGAUAUAUUAAAAUUGUAAUGAAUGUAUAAACAAUAUUGUUAUGCAUAUGAAAGAUAUGAUCUAGUCUUGUUGUAAUGUCUCAGAUGAUAAAACACUUGAUGCAAAAACCUCACAAAUAUUUGUAGCUGAAACCAGCUUAUUGUUGCUGUUUUAUAAAUUUUCCUGGAAUAUUUUAUUAUAUACUUAACAUCAUCAUAAACCUAAAUUUACCAAUUUAUGUUAAAUAUUGUUUGAAUGUUAUGAAAUUUUCAAAGAAAUCUUCAUUCAUUAUUCUUACAUACAACUCAUGGUAAUCAUAAAUUGUAAAAUGAGUAGGAAUUAAAAGAUAAUUAAAGUUGA